AUGGCCAGUGAUACGUUGACGCGCACUCCGACCAGCCGCGUGCUGCAGGCUUUUCGCGCCAUUGGCAUUGUGGUUGCUGAUGUACCACUUGUGUGGUACGGGAUGGGCAAGGCGAGCUUCGCCACGGCGUCGCUGGGCAAGUCGUUCGUCGUGUACAAGUGCGACAAACUAACGCCUGUGCUCGUGUCGCCUCAGCUGCCGAAGCGCAUUGCGGCUCUGGCCGUGCAGCCCAAGAAGCACUUGACGUUUACGGCCUGUGGCCGUCAGAUCAUCGUCUGGAAGCGAGUCGAGCAGAUCAAGACGUUGCUGGGCCACAAAGGAGCUAUUCAGCAGCUCAUGACUGUGGGCACCAUUCUCUUUUCGCUGGACGACGCACGCAGUAUCAUCAUGUGGGACUUGGACACGAUGGAGAUCAUUGACACGCUGAGUUUCCCAGUACACUUUGAGCCCACGACAAUGCUGCACCCCGACACGUACUUGAACAAGAUCCUUGUGGGGUCGAAGCAAGGUUCGUUGCAGCUCUGGAACGUCCGCAAGAAACAGUGUGUGUUUGAGUUCACGGGAUGGGGCAGUGCAGUGACAGCGCUGGAACAGAGUCCUGCAGUGGACGUUGUGAGCAUCGGGCUGGCAGAUGGGCGACUGAUGGUGCACCACUUGCAGCUGGAUCGACGCGUGCUGGACUUCCGACAGGAUCAGCAAAGUGGCAUCACGGCCGCGUCUUUCAGAACAGAUGCAGGUGCUUCAACGACGCCUUUGGUGGUCUCGGGGUCGCGAUCGGGUGACAUUGCAGUGUGGAAUUUGCAAACCAAACGUCUCGAGUCGGUGAUUGCGAAUGCGCAUGACGGCGCUGUGAUGUCGCUGCAGUUCCUGGCCAACGAGCCGUUGUUGUUGUCUGCAGGGACCGAUAAUUCGAUCAAGUUGUGGAUUUUCGACCAAAUUAAUGGGGGUACAGCUCGACUGCUCAAGUCUCGUGAAGGUCACCGUGCGCCACCGACGCGCAUUCGCUACUACGGGAACAACACGCUUGCUACAAUGUCGGACGGUGCUGACGGCACAUGCUGCCAGAUCUUGUCGGCCGGUCAGGACCGCGCCUUCCGUGUCUUCCACACGGCGCGCGAGCAGCAGAGCAGGGAGCUAUCGCAGGGGCCAGUUCUCAAGAAAGCACGUAGUUUGAAUGUUCGCGUCGAUGACUUGAAGCUGCCGCCGAUUGUGCAGUUUGCUGCUAUGGAGACGCGAGCGCGCGAUUGGGCGAAUGUCAUUACGUGCCACGAAAACGAGAUUGCUGCUUACGUGUGGCGCUUUGAGCACCGCGCUAUUGGCAAGAAGGUGCUCCGACAGUUUGAUCCAUGCAACCGCGUUCCUUCGGGUAGCGCAGAGGAUCUACGCCGCAAAAAGACGCAGGCAACUAGCGUGACUAUCAGCUCGUGUGGCAACUACGCACUUGUCGGCAGCUCAGGCGGAGCUAUCUUCCAAUACAACAUGCAGUCCGGCGAAGCCCGUGGCUCGUUUCCGGUGGCACUGACGCCGAAGCCGAAGCUCAUUAGCUCGCUCGUGUUACCUGGAACAGAUCUGUCAGUGCUGCAAGACGACGAGCAGGACGAUACCGCUAUGGAUGCUCACGACGGACCCGUGAGCGCCGUCGCUGUUGAUGCGCUGAACGAGACCUUGGUUUCUGCCGGGAUUGACGGCAAACUGAAAUUUUGGGGUCUCAAAAAGCACGAAUUGCGUCAUGAAAUCAACGUGGACUCUCCUAUCAGCCAGAUGGAGUUGCACCGCGAUAGCAACUUGCUGUGCGUAGCGUGCGACGACCAGAUUCUUCGUCUAUUUGAUGUGACGACGUACAAACUUGUGCGCCGUUUUGCAGGACACUCACACGGCGUGACAGACAUGACUUUCAGCUCGGAUGCGCGGUGGCUUUUUUCAUCGUCUGCUGACGCAUCGUUGCGCGUGUGGGAUAUUCCAACGGGCAAGUGCGUCGAUUGGAUGCGAUUUCAGAAACCUGUGACUGGCUUAGCUGUAUCGCCUACAGGCGAGUUCCUUGCGACCACGCACGUGGGCCACGUUGGCAUUUUCUUGUGGGCCAAUCGCAGCUUUUUCACCGAAGUCUUUCUUGAUUCUGAGCCGACCACGCCUGUGCUGAUGGACAUGCCCGUGGCUUUGAACGAGGUCGACAACAGCGACCAUCUCGGCUUUGGCACUGAACGGAACCCUCGAGUUUUAGUGGCAAGCACUGACGAAGCGCGGCCAGAAAGCGUUGUAGAUACAAGAGGUAAAGAGAGCCCGGGGCCGCUCGAUGCUUCGCUCAUCACGUUGUCAACGGCCCCACGAGCAUUUUGGCAAACUCUCUUCAACCUCGAGCUUAUCAAGAAGCGCAACAAGCCUAUUGAGCCUCCCAAGGCACCGGAACAUGCUCCUUUUUUCCUUCAAACCGCGCGCAAGGACGACGUGCAUCCUACGUUUGUGCCUGUUGCACCCAAGUCCAAGGAGAGUGUUGUAAACAAAGAGGGCGAUGACGACACGAUGCUGGAAAACUGGGGUGCUCAGGAUGACGAUGCGGCAUGGGGUGAUGAUGAUGGCGAAGACCUGGAAGAGGACGCUGAAGUAGCUGCUCCAAGCUCGCGGAUUGUCAAAUCAGAAGGCAUGGUUACUUCCCGCUGCAAGCUGGCAACGUUGCUGGCAAAGUCGGUGCAAGAUGACGACUAUAGUGAUCACGCGGCCUCGCGCUUUGCUAAGGUGUCGGCGUACAUGCAGUCGCUCUCUGCGUCCGCAGUGGACGUCGAAAUGAGCACGCUGUGUAUGGGCGCCUUUGACGAGGAGGGCAAGAAGCUGUUGGCUUGUUUCCUGAUAUUCCUGCGCGAGGAAAUGCGUACUCGACGUGAUUUCCAGGUACUUCAAGCUUACCUCAAUCGAUUCUUGAAACUGCAUGAGGAGCUGCUCGUGGCGGACCCAGCGUUGUUAGCACAAGCAGAUGAGCUGGGAGGUGUGCAGCAGCAACAGUGGCAGCAUCUGCAGAAGCUACUGCACAACAAUUUGUGUCUGGUGCAGUACCUCAGCAAGAUUCAGAUGUAA